AUGGCUGGCUACACUAAUACGCUGGGGAACGCGAAGGAGCUCCGGCAUGGAUUACCCCGGACACAAUCCCAGCCCCUUCCUGUGUGUCCCAGCAGCAUGGCAGAUAAGAGCACUGGUCUAUGUAGCCCGGCUGGUUGGCUUUCCAAUGCAGCUCGACAUCGGAUCAGUCAGUGCGCCAUGGCGGCGACCGUGCUGCAGCCACAGAUCAGGCAGCCCGAGAUGGAUGGACUCGGGAAUGCGGUUUGA